AUGGGCGACCUUUUCGAAGAAGACGCUCUGCAAAUGAUCUCGGAUGCAGAAGAUUUCGAGCAAGCAAUGGAGCAAGAAGCAGUCUUCGGUGAUGGCGAAUCCGACGAUGACAUGUCUUUGUUUGGCGACAUCGGCCUGGGCCAAGCUGAGGACAUCAGAGAUUUCAACGACUGGGGUUGGGAUCCUCAUCAGAUGGCGCAGAUGGCAGCCGCAGACUUAACAAUAGCCUGCCGCGCCGUUUGGGAGGUGCCGCGGAUGCCGCUGGGCCAGGCCGAACUGUGGCACUUUGGCCCCAACGGACCACCCAUGAAUGUCAUGGACGUGUGCCCCGUGUCACAAGUGCUUUGGAUUGCCAAUCAGCGCCAGCUCUUUGGAUUCUCCCUCGCUGGGUUGGAGGCUCAAGUGGCGCAGGUCGACUCCUCCUCUUCCGAGGGCGCAGUGUUGACAAGUUGUGCGCCGGAGCUGAACGCACAGGCCAACCGUAUCCGGUGUGGCCAGGUCGGUGGCCAGUCGGUGGUGGUGGCCGUUGAUGCUUCAGGCGGUGUCUUAGUCGUGCCGUCCUCUCCUGGACAACCUGUGUUGAAGCUUCAGAACGGGCUUCAGAAUGUCUCCAGCUUUGGUGUCUCUACCUGGGGCAUCGGGCUUACUCCCCAUGGUGAACCUGCGGAAUCUGACGGCCCACUCCUGGUCUCUGCAAAUGACAAAUGCGUCAAAGCCUGGUGGUUAACUCCGCCUCAAAACGCAGAUCCAACACUCCCUUCACCGUCUGCCCCUUCGCGCGGACGGAAGAUCCAGAAGAGCUGGCAAACAAGACAAGUGAAGGAGAGCACCGGAUCCAGUGACAUGGCACCAUCAUUGCUGCACCGCUUUGCUGACAAUCUGCCAAGCAUUGACAUCGCCUGUGGAAGAGCGAUUCUGGGUUCCCUUGGUGGUGAGGUGAAAGUGCUGAACUUGUCACCGCCUCCACGGCCUCCCCCAAAAAAUCCACCACCAGAGGCACCAGUUACCAUCCUUGAGCAGCCGGUGUGCCUUGAGGAGGAUGGCCGACCUCGACACCCCCCGCGGUUUCCACCCGAGAAGGAGCCGGCGUCUGUUGUGCGCAGCUUUGCUCCAGAACCUGAAGGCACCCGGGCGGAGUACAUGGCAAUGAUCUUCUCUGAGACCACGGUGUGGCUCACUGACGGCUGCCUCAGUAUGCGUUGCAAGCACUCGCUUCCGUUUAACGGGGCCUUUGCGCACACUGUUUACAUGCCCGGUCUGUCCACAGUGGUUGUGUCGACAAAGAUGGACUCUGCUGCAAGAAUGCUCUGGGCCGUUACUGUCAUGCGACGGAAACGUUCACUUCGCUUCGAGUUGCGAGUGUCGCCCCUUGAAGUUGAAGGUGGCCAGCGAGGCAUGCCCUGGCCUCGCAACAUUAUUGUGGGCAUGGCAGCUGCGCCACGAAACCGACUUUUUGUCUUGCACAGCGGGAGCCGACUGAUCUGCUACAAUCUGUCCCUGGAGAAGCGUGACGAUCGUGACGCAUCUGCAGCAGCGGAAGCUCAAGCUGCUGAAGCUGCCAUCGAUCGGUCUUUGAAGGGAAAGGAUGCAGACCUGAUCACCGAUGUAUCAUUCAAUGUGCAUACGGCCAAUUUCGAGGCGCCAGAUACCUUUUCAAGCACAAUAAGGUUUUUCGUGCGGCGGCCGACGGCGACGCAAAGGGCCUACGACCAAAACCUUUACGUUGUCAGCAGGCUUCGAAAGCCAUGGGAGGCGGUUCUCCAUGAAGUAUACCCGCUGGGCAACUCCUACGCCAAAGCGCCGAAAGCUGAAUUUGCUUUGGCUCCGGUCUGCCAGGCAGCUGGAGGAGUCUUCACGGACCUUUGCGCGCAUCCAUCACAGCUGUAUCUUAUAGCCGCAGCCGUGCUGCCAUCAAGCGACGUGAGGUCGAUCAUCUUGGUGUACGACCUGUGGAGCGGUGAGCUACUGAAAUCGUGUCCAGUAUUCAGAUCACUGCUGGUUGCGCCGAUGCUGCCGCUGCACCCAUCCAUCUGUUUGGAUUGCAGUGGCUCAUAUAUUUUUUGCACAUCCACGCCGGGACCGCUGGGGCCGAUCGAUUUGCACUUUGGAAGUGAUGCAGGCCCAGCACCUGAUGGCUAUGCAUGCAGCGACCUGCUGCACUCUACGUGGCCUGCAUCCAGUGCUGAGUCCACGUCAGUAAUCUGCGUCGUUGACUUCAGCUCUGGCGAGCAGUGCUACCAGGCAGGUAUUAACGCCAACUGCAUCAGCUUGGGUUCAGCCUGGCAUGACCCAUGCCAACUGCUCGUAGGUGCACGUGAUGGGACUAUCUCGGUGUGGCAGCCGCCGGCGGCUGUUGAUUCCAAAAUCAGAUCCGUGCUUCAGGAAAGCCUUGAGGCGCACGGCUGUGUGAGAGAGGCAGCAGACUCCACUUUCUGGUCUUUGUCUUCGAACCUCUCGCACGUGGAGGAGGCUGUUUCUUUUUUCUGGGCCACGAAGCUGUAUGCGACGAUGGACUGGGGUACCUGGGGUGAAGCGCGCACAUCUCCCCGUUGCCAACCAGACAAUCCACAGCCCAACGCAGCAAGCAAGCCCUUGCCAGUGCUACCUCUGCUCCAUCCACGCUACUCCGAGGCUGCAGCUUCCCCAAACCAGGAUGAUGUUGUCAUCCGAGCUCGGCGACAAUGGGAAAUCGCCCGGUCAGGCGGUGAAUUGCUGCCUCCUCCAAAUGCCCAGAGCCAGGCACAAUGGCCACCUUUUGCGGAGCACUUCCGACCACAGGUCUUGCGGGCCACGCAACCCAUUCUGUCACCGCGGUUCGGCACAAAUACAAAACUUUUGCUAGAACAGCUCAAUGAGUCAGAACGGGCCUUGGACGUUCCCGAGAUAGACCCGGUCUCAGGCCUAGAAGUGCACGAGAUACCAUUGAACAAGCCCGGCUGGAAGUACCUGACAGAACCGGACGUAGCCGUUCCGGAGUUCCUGGAAGAGUUUGGCACCCGCGCAGAGCACUUUCAGGACCCUUUGCCAUCACAUGACGCCCUCUCUGUACCCAGGCUGUUGGAGAAGGGACGGCAAACUGUGGAAACCCACAUCUUGCACUCCGUGCUGUCUGAUCUGGACAAAUUUGAGAUGGCGCAUCCUGAAGUGCAGGUCCUGGAGUCGCCGCGGAGUGAUGCAGCAGACCCCAUCCCGGUAGGGUGA